AUGCUUGGUGGAUCUAUUACUGUUCCUGCGACGAAUGAUACGCAGUGCUACUGUGGGUACCAAAAAUCUUCUAACACGCUGAUGCUAAGGUGUGCUUCGAAAAAGGCUAGUCUUCCAUCUUCCAAAUUUACCCCUGUUUACUGCCAUCGAUCAGGUGAAAGUGUACGCAUUGGAGAUUCUAAAAUGCUCACCACUUCUGAUUUCCCUGGAAUGAUUAUAGAACCCGGCGGUUUGAGCCGAUUGCAAGAUGGUGGAAGAGUCUCUUUUCUACAACUAAAUAUUCCCCUACAAACAAGGCUUCUUGAUGCCCUUGCAUUCACCGGUCUUCCGGAUUUAAGGAACCUCCAUGCUUGGCGAUCACCUAUUGGACUUGAAGCCUGUAGCCUAGCUGUACUUCCCAGCCUUGAAAAUAUCGUUAUUCAUUGUAAAUCUAAUUUUGAUCGAUAUCUCACUUUCGGUAGUGCAUUUAAGAGCGUUAGAUUGACUGGAUGUCAGGGUAGGAAUCUUCAGUUUAUUUGCACUAGAUGCAGUCAACAACCAGAAGUGAGUGUUCUUCGAAUAUUUCCCGGUCCUCCUUUGACUAUUAAAAAUUUGGGUUUCAUAAGCAAUCUCAACAACAGUCUCAGUCUACCCUCCUGUCGUAUUGGAGUAUGCUCUGAGGAUCAUCUCUGUCGAAAUAAUAUGGCACUUAAAUUGGCACUGAGUAAUUCUAUUCAAUCAUCAACAACCACCAUUUCACCUCAUACAACAACUUCUAGACUUGCGAUUAUUACAUCUGCCCCGCAACUUCAAAAUGGGCAAAUAUUUCUCACCAUAUUUCUCCCAAUAUUCCUUCUCAUUUUGAUUAUCUCCUGUUUUAUCUCUAUUGUUCUCUGUCUGAGGAUCUCAAGAGCAUUUAAAAGGAAGUGUGUCAACCAAUCUCCUCUAGAUGUGCGGGUAACAAAUAGUUCGAGUUGGUCUUCUUCGACCCCACUAAAUGAACCCAAAGAUCACUAA